UCGUCGCGAAGGGUGAGUCAGCCACCCUCCCGAUGACGGUCAAGGAGACCAUUGGAGGAAGUGUUCGAUAGAUGGAAGGAGAAAUUUAAGUGCGGAGGGGAGAGAAAUGACGCAGUGCGAUUGGCUGGCGUUCGGGGUCGGAAUUUAUGGUGGGGAUUGAACAGUCUAAACGUAGGAUUGGCAGAAGGAAGAGUGGAAGAGUGGUUUGCUGAUGUUACCUGGUGUUACGUGCUGUGGAAUCACUAGCCAGUCAGUCAGUGUACUGUCUCCAUCCUGCCCUUGAACACUCGGCUGGACAGUGUUUGCGCUUGUCUACCUCUCUAAGUGACAACUGACAGAUUGAAGAAUACAACACAUCACCAUGUCGAGUCUGUCGUUGAAAGACCUGCCAAAAGUAGCCUUAGACUUGAAAAGCGAGUUGGAAGGUUUCAAUCAUAGCUGUAUGAAGAAAGCUGCAACCGCUGAAAAGAACGUUUUACCUUCUGCCGAAGACGUACGACAAGAGCGACAGCAUUCUGAAUUAAUCCACGAUGUGGAGACGUUUAAACCAGAUCAAUUGAAACAUGCUGAUACAAAAGAGAAGAUCAUUUUACCCAAUGCCAAAGAUGUAGCCGCAGAAAAGACCCAACAAACGCUGAUGUCUGGCAUCGAGAAAUUCGAUCCUAGCAGUUUGAAGCACACCGAAACUCAAGAAAAGAAUUUGCUACCUGACAAGGAUGGUACAAAUCACAAAUUGCAGGAAAAAGGAAAGCAACAGCUAAUCUCUGGUAUUGAAAAUUUCAAUCCCGCGAAAUUGAAACAUGCAGAAACGCUUGAGAAAAAUCCCUUGCCAACCAAAGAAGCAAUCGACGCUGAAAAAAUAGCUGCUUAAAGAAAGCUUUUAAAACGAAAAGAAUGGAAAAGAAAGGAAGCAGCGACUCGUCAUUUCUUCCAUUUUCUAUAUCGUGACAUUUUAUAACAAUUAUUCAUACAUUGUCGACAAGAAAAAAGGAGAAUGCGAAACACUGUGUUAAUGUAAUCUUAUGAUUAUACUUAUCCUACCGCCAUGAGCGUCCCUUUCGGCGAGACGCACAAGUCGAUUUUUACACGAAGCUAUUAACAACAAAACGACGAUGAAGGUUCAGGUCCAAAUUUAAUUAAUUAAAAAAAAUAAUAAAAAAGGAGAAAAAUAUGCGAUGAAACUUUUAAAGUUAUCUAUUUGAUUCCUAAUGUUACCAGCAUUAUGUAACUUUGGGCUUGUAUUGACAUCCGUCUUUAAUAUUAACUCGCCAAAGGAUGUACUUUUUAUACUAAGAAAGCUGCACACUGGCAAACGUUAUUUUCGAUAGCAACAAAAUUGGUAGCAUUGCAUGCGUUACAGAAUAUCGCAAUGGUACAGCGGUUGAUCUUAUAUUUGUGUAAAAAUCAUAUUUUAUAUAACGGGCUAUUGUACUUUUUUAAUAUUUCGUACA